UUACAUAUCGAAAGAAAACACGUGAACUGUGACCACGUGGAUCUGUGCGUGACAAUCUAUUGCGCGAUACCUGCACCGUGUGGGUUCAAGUGUUGAGUUUACUUUUUUUUGGUGAGCAGUCGGGAAGAUUUUUUUUUUCGGGACCUCGUGGACGCGAGAACAACCGUCAACCUGGAGCCCACGUGUCAAAAACGACGGAAAUGUGAGGCCGACGUAAAGGAGGCGAAGGCGGAGCUGGCGCAACGCAAUAUGUUCCCUAGCGCUCAAAUUAAAAUGAGAUUGCUGUCGCCAAGCAGUUCGCCGGCCACGUCGCCCACAAUGUCCAAUUCUUCAUCACCGACGCCACCGACUCCGGCUGCAGCAUCCUACAACCAGAAGAUGACCGGAAUACCCUGCGUGGCAGCCGCUUCCAGGUACACGGCUCCAGUCCACAUCGACGUAGGUGGAACGAUAUACACCUCCUCGCUCGAAACUCUGACCAAGUAUCCAGAAUCGAGAUUGGCAAAAUUAUUCAACGGCAGCAUCCCCAUCGUGCUGGACUCCCUGAAGCAACACUACUUCAUCGACAGGGACGGCGGCAUGUUCAGACACAUUCUAAACUUCAUGAGAAACUCCCGUCUCCUGAUACCGGACAACUUCGCAGAUCUGGAUCUCCUGCUGGAAGAAGCGCGAUACUUCGACAUCGCGCCGAUGUGCAGGCAAUUGGAGCAAAUGAAAAAGGAGCGGAUAAAGAACGGUUCCACGGGCACGACGACCAUGUCCUCCUCGUCCCCGAGCCCCCCGCCGGCCAAUCAACUAGGAAAUCGCGGCACAGGGUGCACGACGGUGCCGAGCAACCGGGAUUCCGAGAAAAUCCGCGGCAACGAGGGAAAUUGCAAUUACGAGUGCGUCGCCCUCCACGUGAGCCCGGAUCUCGGUGAACGGGUGAUGCUCUCGGGCGGUCGAGCUCUCCUCGACGAGGUGUUUCCGGAAACGACGCAGGCGGUGAUCGACGCCCGAUCAGGGGUCGCCUGGCACCAACAGGACGCCCGCCACGUCAUCAGAUUCCCCUUGAACGGUUACUGCAAGCUCAACUCCGUGCAGGCCAUCACCAGGCUCCUGAACGCAGGAUUUCGCGUGGUCGCGAGCAACGGCGGAGGGGUGGAGGGGCAACAAUUCUCGGAAUACCUGUUCGUUCGACAAGCCGUCAACACUUGACGGAACACCGCGCACCAGCGAAAGACCAGCUCGAGGAUGGUGCGCUGCCUUCAACGCGACCACGACCCCGAGUGAACCUGUCCAGGAGACAUUUAUUCAGAAGACUGCGUUCACGAACGAUGAACGAUCGGUGUUCCCUUCUCUCGUUGCGAACGGAACACCGGAGGUGAUUUGAAGCUAUCGUCGUUUCAGAUGAGAUAUCGUGACUUCGUAACUUCGUCGAUCCUUCGGUCAGGGAUAACGCGUAUAUUUAAUUACUCAUUCGGGAUACUCAGCGGCUCCCCUCCUUCCCAUUGUUCUUUCUCUAAUUUCUUUUAAAUUAUGUUGACGGGAUGAUCGAUUAAUGGUAAAAGAUAAAAGGAGAGAUAAAUAAUGAAAGACAAAUGUAUCGAAGGUAAAAAUUUCAUUUAUUUUUUGCAAUUAGUUUGUAUACAUUCUGUGAUAUAAUUUUCGGAUUUUAUUAUUGGUUUGUAGGGAGCUAUUAGUGUGAAAUAUUUGCGCUCGUUGAUCGUGAGAUUGUUCGAGAGUUCGUAGUUAUUAAAGAAUAAUAUGAGAGCGAAAGGGGGUAAUUAUGUGAAAGAAAUUCGCAGGGUAUAUUCUUGAUCAAAAGUUUCGAUUUUCGUCCAGAUUUUCCAAUCGCGGUUCGACUUUAUGGAAAUGUUUAUGUUUAUAACUUGUGUGCUACUUACGAGUCGAUAAAAUCGAUUGUAUUUCAAUUCUGAUACGAGUUACGCGUGGAAAAUAAAAGAGAGAUUAGCCAUCGUAUUUUUGGAAAUCAUUUGGAAUGUAAUCUAACUUAAUUUACGCUAAAUUUUAUUCGAUAAUUCCGAAUAUUUGACAAAUCGAGUGCCUUGAGUUAUGCGUAUUUAAGUUAUAGAAUGUUCGACCGUGCAUAACGUAACGAAAAUUAUAAGAAUCACCGUUCAACGAUUCUUUCUAAAAAAAAUCGAGCCAACAAACGUAAUUUUCGCAGUUAUGCAUUCGUCGAACGUAUCAUCACGCAUGCUCGUGACCCACUUAUGCAUAUAAGUAUUGGUAAACCGCUCCUUACUUUGCUUUUAUUUAAUAAGGUGUAUCUAUAUGUAUUUAAAUGCCAUACUAAUUACUGUAAAUACCGCGAAUAAACGUGUAUCUAUAUCGAUAUAUAUAUAUAUAUAUAUAAAUAUAAAUAUAAUUAUUCUAUGUACUUAAAUUGUCGAUAUCUAAAUGCGGAACAUUCGGACAACGAAAUAAUUCGCGUUGAUCUCAUCGGCUUAAGCUGUGUUUCUAAUUGAUAAACUAAGAUAAAAAUGGGUUUCGAAUGGAAGAGAAACAAGACGAAUAACGUUAAAAAAGGGGAAAUAAAAAAAGAAGAGAACAAUUCAUACGUUUAUUUUAAUUCGAGACUUCGCUAAAAUCAUCUCAUUUGUCUCGAUUAUUUUUAACGCGUUAAAAAAGAAAUAGUUUCUAAUUCUCGAUAGGAAACACACUUAUCGCUACGAUAAUUAUCGUUUCGAUUGAUUUAAUAAAAACGUUUAUAAAUUGAACUAGUAGAAACGAUCAUUAUUUAUUUCGUAUAAAUUAAUCACUUUCCCUUCCACAGAACGAAAUUAUCAUUUAAUGUUCUAUUUAAUAGGCGAAACAAAUAUGAGAGAAACAUCGAAUGUUAUUUAAAUAUAACUACUGUUUUUUGUAUCGACCUGCACACGUGCAAGAGGGAGGAAAAUUGUCGCGACGAGAGUUGCUGCGUUUGGUCCAGUCUCGAAAGCAAAAAUAAAAUCUGGCAAAGCAACCAAAUGGAAU